UCUGUACUAAGUCUUAUGAAAUAUGGCGUUAGUUAUGGGUCGUCAAGCUGCUGUGUUCCUUAUUUGGAUACUUUCAGUCUGGAACAGGUUACCAUUUUCUGUUGGUGAAGACUCGGCAAUCCUCGUUUCUGUUGACAAAGAUACCUUUAAUUACGGUGGAAUAUAUUUCUACAUGGGAGAUGGUAGCAGCGUCACGAAAACGUCACCAUAUAAUUUCACCAGAGUUAGAUUGACUGAUAUUGAAAUCAACAGUAUGGACGCUAAUGUAGCUGAUGGAUCUAUCUACAUUUUUGAUUUCACUUCUCGGUGUAUAUAUGGUUUUCGUUCUGGAAUUAUUGCAAAUAUUCAUUGUGGGAUUUCAAGCUCAGUAUUCACCUCGAUAGCAUAUGAUUGGGUCAGUGAAAACAUAUACUGGACAGACGGCUUCUUUAACUGGAUCGCGGUUCAGCCUGUUGAUACUACGGACCGGAGCAUGUACAGGGUCAUAAUCCAGGACGAUAUAGAAAAGCCGAGAGCUUUGGCGAUGGAUUCUAAAGCAGGAUAUAUAUUUUGGUUUGAUAUACCAACAUCUGGUUACCGCAUAGAACGAGCGUUAAUGGAUGGAACAUGA